CUGAAACAAGGCGACGGACUGGCUCCAACGCUUUUUAAUCUUGUUCUUGAAUAUGUAAUUAGACGGUUGACGGUAAGCGGAAAUAACAUACUUACAAACAAAUCUAUCCAAUUAGCAGCAUACGCGUAUGAUAUAAACAUAAUGAGCAGAACAAUGAAUGCAGCGGAAGAAACCUACGUUGAGUUGAAACAGAGUGCAGAAGCAGUAGGGCUAGCAAUAAACACAAAUAAAACAAAACUACUCAUACAAACCAGAUCAAAUAGACCGGCUGACGAUAUAGAACAUGUGAAUAGAUUCACGUACCUAGGAAUGGAUCUGGUUGCAAGCAGUGAAGAAGAACCGGAAAUAAAUAGAAGGCUUGUGCUGGCAAAUAAAGCCUAUUUCGCGAUGGGCCACAUAUUCAAAUCGCGAGACGUACACCGGAAAACAAAACUCCGAGUAUAUAAAACAAUAAUCAGGCCCAUAGUAAGUUAUGGCUGCGAAACAUGGGUGGUGACACAGAAAUCUGCCAAUGCAUUAGAUGUGUUUGAAAGAAAAGUAUUACGUAGGAUACUAGGCCCAAUAAGGGAAAAUAACAACUGGCGAAUUAGGUAUAAUAGAGAAAUAUACGAGCAAUAUAGCGAACCAACUCUAGCACAACACACUAAACUGCAGAGAUUACGGUGGGCAGGGCACGUCGUCCGCAUGCAUGAGAAUAGAAUCCCCAGAAAAUUGCUGAAUGCAAGAAUGCAGGGAAGAAGACAGGUUGGAAGACCUAAAAAUAGAUGGGAAGACGAAGUCGAUGAGGAUGCCAGGAACUUCCUGGGAACGCGUUCAUGGAAAAGAACAGCGGUAAAUCGAAAUGAUUGGAGAAGCUUAUUGAAGGAGGCCAAGGCUCGAUUUGGGCUGUAG